UUCAGGUACUAGGUGUUAGAAAGGCAGGUGGUUUCCCAACAAAGUUGCGCUCCUCCGCCUCUCACUGGGGGUGCAUUAUUCCAUGACAUUUUCCACAGCGAAGGGCAGGUCAUCUCUCCCCCACCCCCAACUCGGCAUCGUGAUGGAUUGCAGCAAGAGAGUGGGUGGGUGUUGCGCCAGGUUUCUGUCCCUAUCUUUCGGAGGACUGCGAGCGGACGGGGGAGGCCCCUCGGUGCUGUCAUGUUCAAUCACCGUUAUUGACAGGCGGGAGUAUUUCUGCUCCGAGCAGUCCCGGAAUCCCAAUGCCCCCCCUCCCCCGGGUUGGCGUGAUUUUUUGCUGUCAGAUGAGCCCGCGGCUCCUUCUGUUCUCGCCGCCUUCUCGCCUUGUUGCGGGGGCGGGCGGGCUGUUUCCUGCGGCUGGGAAACGGAAGCGAGCCAUGUUUCAAUCCAGCGCACCUUGAAUGUCAGCCAAUGGUGGUUUUAUUUUAGCACGACGGGCGCGGGCAGAGCAACAGGCGCGCUCGUUUACAAACACUCCUAGUUGACUUCGAUUUACUACGGCGCAGGAGGAGGAGGAGGAGGAGGAGUGGAAAGCAAUGCCCGGCCGUUGCUGGCCCGCCCCGGCGAGCGGGAUCCGAGGUCCAAUCGGGUGUAGCGAGGAGAGGCCACCGAUGGCCUUCCGGAGCCAGAGCGCAGCGCUCUUUCGGGCGGGGUUUCGGCUCUCCCGGUCUUCUGCGAGGCUCAACCGGCCCUGAGAAGGGCGGGAAGAAGCCGGCCGCCGGGCAAGUCGUCAGGCUGGGGCGGCCCUUGGCGGCGAAGACGGGGCGCGGCGCGGCGUCUCCGGCUGGCCCCUCCCCGCAGGGCCAGGGCGAGAAAGAGCCAUGGAGGAGGCGGAGAAGGCCGGCGCCGCCGCGCCUCGGAGGCGUCGCCGUCGCUCCAGCGGCCGCAGCAGCUCGGAGCGGUCGCCCAGCCCCGGCCGCCUGGACGUGAGCUCGCCGCGCUUCGACCCGCUCCUGGCGCUGUAUUCGGAGCGCACCCCGCUGCCUUACCCGGGCGCGCCCUGCUUCAACAACCUGGCCGAGUACGAGAGCUUCCAGCGCGGCCUGCUCCGCGGCCCCCGUCGCCAGCGAGGGGCUGCGGCGGCGGCGCCGGCCGGUGUAAAAUACUGAUUAUGAAUGUUAAGUACAUGUGAAUCAAAUAGGCGCCUCCGCAGCCUCAUGGUGGUCAAAGAGGAAGCCGGGCAGGAGCCAGCCAGAGCGCGGGGCCGGAGGGCGCCGCGCAACGUGCUCACCAGGAUGCCCCUUCAUGAAGGCAGCCCGCUUGGGGAGCUUCACCGAUGUGUCCGUGAUGGUGUAAAAGUCAACGUCCACGUCCGAACCUUCAAAGGGCUUCGAGGAGUUUGCACUGGAUUCUUGGUUGCAUUUGACAAGUUCUGGAAUAUGGCCCUGACAGAUGUUGAUGAGACUUACCGGAAGCCUGUGCUAGGUAAAGCUUUCUAUGUGGAGCCACAGUUGACUCUCACCAGGCUGUUUGACAGACUCAAGCUGCAAGAGUCCUUGUUUAAAAAAGGAACGGAUCUGAAGAUGGCCGAUCUGCCGUGCAACCCCAGGUCGCUUGGUCGGAGAUCUCAAUCAAGCGGUCGAAGACCAGAAGAAGAGCGUGGAGCGAAAAGGCAGUCUAGCAGAGAGAGGACACGAAGUUCUAGUGUGCCCCGAACCUCCGGGAAGGAGGCUGACAGGCUUGGUCGAAUUUCCCAAACAGAGGGGAAGAAUGCAGCUGGGACCAGGGGUCGGUCACGGAAAAAGCAGAGGCCCAAAGUGGAUUAUCAGCAGGUUUUCACACGGCACAUUAACCAGAUUUUUAUUCGGGGGGAGAAUGUCUUGCUUGUUCAUCUUGCACACUGACCUCAUUGAUCUUAGGCAGUAACAUCAACAGCAAUAAGAGCUGUGUGUGGUACCCUGUCUGUUGCUAUGGGAUAUUAUGGUGUGGUAGCACUUCUCCCCCUUCUAAAAUGACCAGAUGGAAGAAGUGAUGAUGGACCUCAGAGGCAAGAGCAUUGUGAGCUAGUUGCCCCUUCGUUUGGACCAGCAUUUGGCCAAGGACAUUGUUGUCUAUAAAGAAACAGCUAAUCUAAUUCUGCAGGAACUCACACUUUGCAAAAUGGUGAUACUUAGAUAUGGAACAACUAUCAAGAUAUAGUUCAGACCAAUCCAGCCAAAAGGCAUGAGAGAUGCAACGUGGCUACGAAAGAAACAAGAGUUUCCCAGUGACUUUGGUGCUUCAAUGCGAAAUGCUAGUAAUUUGAAAUCUUUGGGAAAGCAUGCUUUAAAGCCUUGGUAGGAGAAUGAAGAACUUGUGAAAAAAAGAGGCAUGGCUUUAGGUAUUAGCUUGCUUGCACCCCAUUUCUCUCUUCAUAGUGUGCAUGGCUUGGCAGAAUAAAGUGCUCUGGAGUUGAGCUACACCGCCACCUGGCGUCCACAACCAUCUCUUGAGCAAAAAGUGAAUGGAAAGGGAAGUUGGUGAUCUGCAUAAAAAAGACAUUUGGAGGCUUUUGCUCUUCAGUUGGUCUUUAUUUAUGAUUAAAGGCAGAAUUUGGCUUUUUCUGCAGUAUUUAUGAAACCUAUGUUCUUAACCUAACUUUACCUGUUUACGCCCUCCAUGCCACCAGCAAACAAUGAAUGUAACUAAAUAUGUAGUUUUUCUAAGUCAAUGGCAUCUUGCUGUAUGCUGGAACAAAUCCAAUUUGUCAUUUUUCAUUCCCUUUCAUUUUUCUGCCAGGGUAGUAAAGGAAAUGAAUUUGAUUUGCAUAGUGUCACUUGAAAAAGAACAGGCAGUGUUACUGAAAUGGUUUUUACGUGCUGAUUUCCCACAUUUGAUGGUAACCACAGAUCAGCCAUUUAUGGUAGCAACAAAGGUUUUCCUGAUUGUUUCUAGGUCCUGAAUGAUACUUCUCUAAUGCUAGUUGGACUGUUCCAGAAAAGCAUGUGUAAGACUACUGAGAAGCAUGCAUAAUAAUUUUUGGAAAAUCAGUACCACUCGCAAUUUCUCCCUUAUUAUUUAGUAAUCCCUGUAACCUUGUAAGGUGAUCUAACAAUGCACAUAUCCAAGAUUUUCUGCCACGAAAAAUGUUGCAGCACUAUAUCAUAGUGCCCUCUGUGUAUAGCUCUCCAGUAGUGGAUACUGCCCCUAUAAUAUGUCUAGGAAUGUAGUGAAUGUUUGCAAUUCCAGUCAUGAGUUGAAAAUCAUUUUUAAAGUCUGUGUUGAAUCAGGAUGCUCCUGUGAAAACAGAAUCUGUGGGCAAAAUCUUGUUGCCCUGCUUGUGCUGGCAGAAGGUAAGGGGCAUAACUCGCAGCAUCAGAUUGCCUACUGGUAAACACUUCCCUUCUCAGAUUGCUCAUUGUGUGCCAGUGGAGCAUGAUUAGGGAUCCAAGUGGGGAACAGCUUAUUAGCAGUGGCUGUGCCAUUUCCCUUCUGCCAGCAGUACAAGUGGCCUAUAUGUUACAUUUUGUAAACUGUUGUGCAUUUUUCUAAAAUAAUCUGAUCAACUUCUGGUGAUGAAGAUUGCAUUGCAUGUGUCUCAGUAAUUCUUUUCUUCAUGCUUUCAACAUCAUGUAUGUGCUGAGCACGAUGCUCUACCUUAUUUGUGGGGGAACAAAAUGAGGAGGAGGUUUCCUGACAUUUUUGAGGGUUAAUGUCUUUUACCAGUUGGCUGCAGGUGUGUCCUGCUGCCAUUUUUCUCACCAGAAGAGGUAGCAGCAAGAAGGAGUUCAAAGAAAAGAAAAGCCGUACUGAUCCUGAUCAGCCUUGUAGAAAUGUCUGAAAAGUCUGGCUUCUUUGGAGAAUUAUUCAUUGAAAUGGCUCCCGUGAGGGGUGGGGCUGGGGGGGUUGUCCACAUUUCUUAGCCCUCCAAAAGGCUCAGCUGAUAAACAUUGGCGGUCAUAAGAUUGCAGUUGGAAAUGGAAGACCUUUGUGCAAGAGAAGGAAUAAUAGCAUCCCUAGUGUUCUCUGGCCUUUAAAUGGUGGCUGAAAUCCUGUUACACACUUAAACAAAUAGGAGAAAGAGCUGUUUAACAAAUGGAACCAAAGUCCAUCAUAAAGAAGAAAAAAUAAAGAAAAGUUGUGCAAGAAUUUAUUAUGCUCAGCAUAAUUUCACAUUGAGUAUGGAUGGUGUACAGAAGAUGCCUGUAUUGAAUUUUGUCCUUUCUUUCCCAGAGUUCUGAAUAGUUUUCCUUCUUGACAUCAGCUUCCAGAAUCCUUAAGCAGCGUUGGUGGUUGCAGGCCGACAACUAACUUUUCUGAGCUCUCAUCUUCCACCUGAUCAUUAAUUGUCAUGCUAUGUUAAAAGCAAAAACAGAUCUUAGAAAGCUCUUUGUAUGGCAGCUCCCGAUAUUUCCCAGCUAGUCUGGGAAAAGAAUUAAAAGGAUUUCUGGAAUGCCAUCCCCCCCCCCAAUUUUUUUUCCCAAGCUCUGGAAGAUAAAAAUUAUGAAACUAUAUUUUCCUUGCUCUAUGAACAUGGAAUAUUCUAAUGUUCUAAUUCUAGCCCAUGUUUGUCCUUUCACAUUUGGCUUUUGCUGGUCUUUCCCCUCAAAAUUCUUUUCAAAAAUAAUUCUCAUGGAAUUUCAUGAGUGGAUCUAAAAAGUAUCAUGUAUGCCUGACUUAUUCUCUGUAGCUGUUCUCCCCACAUAUAGGCACUCAGCUCCAUAGUCCAGAAAGUUUCCUUUCAUUCAAAUAUAUAUUUUAAAAAUUCUUUUCCAUUUUUUCCUUCUUUUGAAGGGUAGAUUCCAUGUCUGUUUUGAAUCUCUUGCUCUUUCAUAUUACUUGUGCUUAAGUGUAGUAGACUGUCCCCUUUUGUAGUGUAUUCAUUUCCAUAUCCAGCCCAAAUGUUUUUAUAUUAGACAGAACUCAUAUAUCCUUGCUGUCUUCCUGCUUUUUCCAUCCUGAAGUUAUACAUACUCUUAAUUUGAUUUCCUCUCUCAUUUUGCUUCAGGCACAGCAUUUAUAAAGGUGCUCAAGGUUUUAGAGAGCUUAGCAUCUUACCCUUUGCUUUGUUGCUCUGUGUUUCACAAAGCCCAAUUCUGUACGUUUAUUAUCUCUUGUUCCAGUAUCUACUUACUGCCUUUGUCUUCCAAAAUCUUUUUUCCCCCCCAUCCCCAGUCUAGAUGUUAUUUGAGUGAGAUGACCUUCAGGGCAGUCAUUAAGUUUCCCUGUGGGUAGGAGCUUCUUACUCCUUUCAGGAGAAUGAGACAAGGAGCAAAGAGGACAGAAUGUGCAGAAGGAGAAGCUUUGGGCCCCUCUUAGCCUGCACAGAUCAUUCCAAUAGUCUGUGCUUGUUCUGAAGAACCAAACAAUGCUUUAAGCCUGCUUUCUUCCAGUUGGCUCUUCUGUCUCUUAACCAGCUUUUGACCACAUCUUUGGGGGGGGGGAGUGUGUGGCCUCUUUUCUUGGCAAAAAAUGAUUGAUCUCAUUCUCUUACUGCCUCUUCCACAGCUUCUAAAAUAUAAUUCUUAGGCCUGUUGUUGUUACUAAUCCUGCAGUUAUCUUGCAUCCCAUUUAUAUCCUUUACACCAUUGUAUUCAGAAGACUUUCCUAGUGCAUUCUUAUAAAUCAGUUUUGCAUAUCUCUUAAUGUUACUUGAAUCCUCUGGAUCAAAGGUGCUAGCUCAAUUUCCAAGGUGUUGUUUUCUGGAGCAGUUGGGAUGCCUCACCUAAGACAUACUUGACGCCACAAUCCUCAUUGUGUAAUUUCCUUCCUAUCUAACUGCUUGCUCCCCUGUUCCCUAAUUCCAGUUGCUUCAAUUUAACUCAGGACGCUUUUGCGCAAAAUGGAGUUAAAACUUACAGAAAUAACUUCUGUAAUUUCUUUCAUGUCUUGCUUCUUGUUCAGAGUGGCAAGCGCAGUAUCAAAACCUAGGCAAAGUGAUCCUUCCACAAAAGCUUAGUAAUGCCAUUUACUAGCAAAUAGUGGGAUACAUUUUUCCCUGGGAAAGCAGAAUUAAGACAGGAGACAAUGCAAACAUGGUGAACGAACACUUAAUGGUCUAGCACGAUAGUCUCCACCCUUGGGUCUCCAGAUGUUCCUGGACUCCUAGAAGCCUUCCCCUGUGCUGAUCAGGAUUUCUUGAGUGUUGUAGUCCCAAGAACAUCUGGGGACCCAAGGCUGGGAACCAUUGCAACAGAGAACUGAUCAGUUUAUUAGUAGCUGUAUUUGAUUAUGGUUCUCUAUGAGCCCCUCUUCAGACUAAUUGAUGCAAAUAAAGUAGUCACUAUUCAGUCACACUGUAAGAAAAGAAGCACGGUAGUAGAAUUAAAAUUGCAGAACUGUCUUUCAAAUGUUGAAUACUAUGCAAAAUUGUUUUUCCUUAGUAUCUUUGCUUUCUUCUGUUUGGACAAAAAUUAGUGAAGAAAAUCUUAAAAGAUUUAGUAGGUCAAUGAGAUACAGCUUCCACAUGGCUGCUACUGAAAGGCAAGUUAUCUCUGCCAGCAUAUCACUCAGCAGGUGCAACAUUUGACAGCAUGUUAUCUGUGGAGUCACCCAGUAGCUUGCCGUGUUUCCACGCAAGGAAUUAUGAAAUAUGGCUGCCAGUAAAGUGCAUCCAGAAACAUAGUUUUAUUUAUUUAUUUAUUUAUGUAAAUCUCCAUGUGGAGUUUGCAGUAUUUAAAACCACCCUGUAGUCUAGCAGGAAGCUGUGCCUUAGUUGCUAUUUGACAGGUGGUGUUUCUUGCUGUAUUGAGCCAGGAGAAGCUGCACUUUUUGAAACUUUCGUACUAUGCAGCAAACGAGCCUCUUUGUGAAGAGCUGAAAGACUCAUAAAUGCAGAUGUUUGCAUCACUAGAGAGAUGUUGUUUUCAGAGGUAAAAUGCAUGUUGUAACUGGUGACCUCUAUGGAGUCUUAAAAGGUAACUUCUUUCUUCUGGAGAACUGCUAUGUUGAUUAGCAACAGAGUGUUACUAAUCUUCUAGCUGGAUCCUGCACAUUAGUAGAGGGGCAUCCACGUUCAUCCGUUGUAUCAAAAACAAGGAGUCCUAGUGGCAUCUUAAAAGGCUAACAAAUUUUAUUCAGCAUAAGCUUUUGCCACCUGCAGCCCAUUUAAUCAGAUACAUUUGCAGUGAGGAGCAGUCCUCAGGGCAAAUAAAACGUCGUAGUUUGUACACUGACAGACAAUUCUUUAUUGGAUGAUACAGGUCUCCAGUAUAUAAUGCAACUAUAGUAUAAAUAAGUUAUAUGAAGGCAUAAUAAGUCUCUGAAUAUUCAACACAAAGGUUUAGCCUAAUGCUUCCAUGAAUAAGAAUGUACUGUAAGUCAGCAAUUCAGCACUCGUUGUACACAGUUCACAAAGAGCAGUUUUUGUAAUGUUGAAACAUUUAAUUUUGUUGUCCAGGUUUGCUACAGAGAGCCCACUAGAGAUGAAGAUGGAUAGAAUCAAAUUUUUAUUCAGAUUAGGAACACACUAGUGCCUUCAUGAACUUUCCUCAAAAUAGAUGACAGGAGUUCAGCUUCAGUGGGGCUUUAUUCUCUCCUUAUGUAUACAGACCUCUCUGAGUGUCGGCCUUCAGCUCAGAGAAAUAAAAGUGUGUUACAAAAAGAGAAAUAGCUUAUGAUGUGUGUAGAUGCCUGUUUUAUAACAUGGAGCGGGAUGACUUAGCUGAGAGGAAAUCUGUACACCUGAGAGUUUGUCCAUCUUAUAUUUGUUUAAAGUGAAAAGUAGUUUGGUCAGGUUGUUUAAAACAUAUCCACUCUUUUUCCCUUUUCUUAAAAGGUUGCUGUUCUGCCUCAGGGGAAAAAAAAAAUCCAACGCUGCUCAGGCUCCUUUAGCAAUUGUUUGAUUUUCGCUAUUACAGAGUAAAGUUGCAGCUAUAGCCUCGUAUAUUCCCUCUGAUUCAUCAAUUUUAAGUUAGGACCUUUAAAAACUACCCAGUUUCCAUAGUGGCAUUGCUUGGUAUUUCUGCAAUCUGCAUUUAACUGCAGUGUUGAAGGUGCAUGUUAUGCCCAUUAUCACUGUAUGUGCUGUCCCGUGGCGCAUAGAAGUAGGUAAUUAAACCGCCUGUAUGACUUCGUUUUGAACUGGCUUUGCCUUUAUGGUUUCCCUCCCAUGUAAUCUUGGCAUCUUCAGUUUGGAAACUGUGUAGUUCAAAUUAAACUACAGUUCAGAUUGUUCUUUGAUUAGGAACUGCAAGAGAUUUGAAACCAGUUUUAAGUUUGUAGCACAGCUGUCUUUGACUUGUCUUCUUUGGCUUGCUGUGGCCCUUUUUCUCUUGCGCCCGUGUUCCCACUUACGAGGUGCGGGGGGGAGGGAACGCUUGCAUGUUUGAAGAGUAAGUGCCAAACUUAAAAAAAAUCAGUUGCAGACUCUACCUGGGCACUAGCUUUUUAGCCUUCCAUUUUAAGAGGUCAAAGAGGGAGGUUAUGGGUUUCACUCAUUUAAUGCUGUGAACAAGACAAAAUCCUGAGUUAGCUGCCAGCAUGCUUUACUUACUGGAGUAUUUGUGAAUGGAAAAAAUGUGCAAGUUCCUUUAAAAUCUGCCUGUCUUCCUGAAUAAUUUUAUUUCCGAGAAGGAACUGCUGCUGUGAACUUAAAAAUGAAUGUACAACUUUUUUUCCCCUCCUAGAUGGAUGUAAAUAUCUGUAUACAAAAAGGUUCAAUCCGUAAGGCAAUA